GCCCCGGCGCGGCUGUUAUGGAAACCGGCCGGGCGCACAGGCGGCGAUGAUGGGGCGGCCAUGGCCCGGGCCGGCAGCUCCAGCGGCGACGCGGCCGCGGGCGAGCGGGCCGGGGGCGCGGGGCGCUCCGAGCCGUGGGAGCUGUCCCUGGAGGAGGUGCUGAAGGCGUACGAGCAGCCCAUCAAUGAGGAGCAGGCGUGGGCCGUGUGCUUCCAGUGCUGCCGCGGGCUGCGGGGCGCGCCGGGCGGCCGGCGGCGCAUCCGGGACACGGCGGACAUCCUCCUGCGCAGAGACGGCUCGGUCAGCGCGCGGCGGGAGUCCGGCGCGGCGGAGCCCACAACAAUGGUGUCACCGGCCAGCUCGGAAGCCCAGGUGGUGCAGUCGCUGGGCUUCGCAAUCUACCGCGCGCUGGACUGGGGGCUGGCUGAGCACGAGGAGCGCGAGCUCAGCCCGCAGCUGGAGCGGCUCAUCGACCUCAUGGCCAACAGCGACUGCGAUGACGACGGCGGUGGCGGGACGGCCGACGAAGGAUACGGGGGUCCCGAGGAAGAAGAGGAGGCAGAGGGCGGCCCUCGCACCGUGCGCACCUUCGCACAGGCUAUGCGCCUGUGUGCCGCGCGCCUGACCGAGCCCCGAGGCGCACAGACCCACUACCAGGCCGUGUGCCGCGCGCUCUUCGUGGAGACGCUGGAACUGCGCGCCUUCCUCGCCAGGGUCCGGGAAGCCAAGGAGAUGCUGCAGAGGCUCCGGGAGGAUGAACCGCAGGCAGAGAAGCCCCUUGUGGAGCUGGACAGCCUGAGGCGCACAGACUGGGCCCGACUCUGGGUCCAGCUCAUGCGGGAGCUCCGCCAUGGGGUGAAGCUGAAGAAGGUGCAGGAGCAGGAGUUCAACCCCCUGCCCACAGAGUUCCAGCUCACCCCCUUCGAGAUGCUCAUGCAGGACAUCCGUGCCAGGAACUACAAACUGCGCAAGGUCAUGGUUGACGGGGACAUCCCUCCCAGAGUGAAGAAAGAUGCUCAUGAACUCAUCCUGGACUUCAUCCGCUCCCGGCCUCCACUGAAGCAGGUCUCAGAGAGAAGGCUUCGCCCCUUACCUCAGAAGCAGAGAACUCUGCACGAGAAGAUCCUGGAGGAGAUCAAGCAGGAACGCAGGCUACGCCCUGUGGAGAGCAGGCGCUGGGACGGCCGGGGCGAGCGGGGGUUCGGCUCUCUGCCCUGCAUCCUCAACGCCUGCUCUGGGGACGUCAAAUCCACUUCCUGCAUCAACCUGUCCGUCUCGGAUGUCGGGAGCAGCGCCCAGCGCCCGAGGCCCCGGGUCCUGCUCAAGGCCCCUACGUUGGCUGAGAUGGAAGAGAUGAACACUUCUGAGGAGGAAGAGUCACCGUGUGGAGAAGGGACGCUGAAGCGAGAUCGUUCUUUCUCUGAGCACGACCUGGCGCAGCUCCGGAGUGAGGUGACCUCUGGUCUGCAGCAGGCCCCUCAGCCCCCCGGAGGCCUGGAGUUGUCCCGGCCGCGAGCGGGCAGCAUGCAGUCCUGGAGGCCGAGCCCCCUGGAGCCGGGUUCCCUCCCUGUCAGUGUCCAGUCCCAGCCUGACCCCAGCUCCCUACCACGCAGUGACGUGAGCUCAGUCGAGGACAGGCAGGGGGCCUCCGCGGGCCCGGACGCCAGUCACCUGUGGCUGGAGUUCAGCCACCCCGUGGAAAGCCUGGCUCUGACGGUGGAGGAGGUGAUGGACGUGCGCCGUGUGCUGGUGAAGGCAGAGAUGGAGAAGUUCCUGCAGAACAAGGAGCUCUUCAGCAGCCUGAAGAAGGGGAAGAUUUGCUGCUGCUGCCGAGCCAAGUUCCCGCUGUUGUCAUGGCCACCCUCCUGUCUCUUUUGCAAGAGAGCCGUCUGCAACUCCUGUAGCAUAAAGAUGAAGAUGCCUUCUAAGAAGUUUUCUCACAUCCCCGUCUACACACUGGGCUUUGAGAGUCCUCAGAGGAUGUCAACUGCCAAAACCACGCCAACACAGAGAAGAGACGCCUUCCAGUGCGUGCUGCCCUUGAUCGCUGCAAGGGCUGCAGUGGCGGAAUGUGGAGGAGGAGUUCCCGCACAUGUACACCCACGGCUGUGUCAUGAAGGACGUUUGCAGCGACUGCACCGGCUUCGUAGCGGAUGUGGUGCACUCCAGCCGCAGGAGCGUGGAUGCCCUCAACACCACGCCGCGUCGUGCCCGCCAGACCCAGUCCCUGUAUGUCCCGAACACCUGGACACUCGACCUCAAGUGAUGACCUGUAGCCCCUGGGCUGCCUGGCAGAUGCUUCUCAAGGUGCCCCCAGACGGCCAUGCCUCCAGGGAGGAGCUGGGCUAGGCCUGGACCAGGACGAGUCUCCAUCCUGGGACAAGAACCCCCGUCCUCCUGAUGUGCAUGUACAUAUAUACAUACGUUUAUAUAAUAUAUACACACAGCCUAUAUAUUUAUAUUCACAUCCCUUGGCCCCCAGAGCUCACGCCAGGACCCUCCCUGGGGAGACUGUUCCUCUCAGGAUUCCUUGGGUGGGGUGGGAGCAGGUCUUCUCACUGAGACAAGGAGGGGCAGGUGGGUGUAAGCAGCACACUCAGAGGUGCCGGGGUGGUGCUGGUCCGGGGGCCCUGGUGAUGCUGGAGGUCCUGGUACGGGAAGGCACUCCGUAGAUUGUACCCAUGGCUACUCCUGGCCUAAUAAAGGUGGUCUCACAGUC